CUCCCACUCCUUUACCUGUCUCUUUCUGCCUCUCCUCUCCUCUCAGUCUCAGUACAACCUACUGAGCAGCAGUAUGGAACAAGGUUUGGGGAACAGAGCGGCGUCUAGCAGUCCCUACAACUCAGAGACCGCCUCCAACGUGCCAACGCCGUCACCCUACUCCCAGCCCAACUCGACCUUCGAGGCCAUGUCUCCAGCCCCGGCCAUCCCCUCCAAUACUGACUACCCCGGGCCGCACAACUUCGAGGUCACCUUCCAGCAGUCGAGCACGGCCAAGUCAGCCACCUGGACGUACUCUCCAUUGCUUAAGAAGCUGUAUUGUCAGAUCGCCAAGACCUGUCCGAUUCAGAUCAAGCUGGCUUCCUCGCCCCCAAACGGCGGCGUGAUACGAGCCAUGCCCAUCUACAAGAAGGCCGAACACGUCACAGAGGUGGUCAAACGCUGUCCCAACCAUGAACUCGGACGGGACUUCAAUGAAAGUCAGACGGCUCCUGCCAGUCACUUGAUUCGGGUGGAGGGCAGUAAUCUGUGUCAGUAUGUGGAUGAUCCUGUGACGGGCCGACAGAGCGUUCUCGUUCCCUAUGAGGAUCCGCAGGUGGGCACCGAGUUCACAACGAUUCUGUAUAAUUUCAUGUGCAACAGCAGUUGUGUCGGUGGAAUGAACCGCAGACCCAUCCUCAUCAUCAUCACGCUGGAGACACGAGAUGGCCAGGUUCUCGGCAGGCGUUCGUUUGAAGGCCGGAUUUGUGCCUGUCCAGGUCGGGACCGCAAGGCAGACGAGGAACAUUUCAGGGAGCAACAGGCUCUAAACGAGAGCGUGGCCAAAAAUGGAAAUGUCAAUAAACGAAAUUUCAAACAGACGCCGGCCAAUAUUACAGGCCCUUGCAUCAACAUCAAGAAGAGGCGACAUGGAGAAGAGGAGACGUAUUAUUUACCAGUGCGAGGCCGGGAAAACUUUGACAUCCUGAUGAAGAUAAAGGACAGUCUGGAACUUGUGGAGUUUGUACCACAACAGUUAGUGGAUUCAUACAGACAACAACAACAACAGCAGCUCCUACAGAGACAGAGUUAUGUUGCCUCUCCGUCUCCAUAUGGCACACACAAUAACAUGAAUAAGAUCCACGGGCCCAUCAGCAAGCUUCCCUCAGUGAAUCAGCUCGUGACACAACAGACUCACCAGAGCGCAGGACCCUCUGCGUCCAUGUCCCAUAUGGGUACGAACAUGCUGGGUGGACACCACAUGCAGUCGAACGGCGAUGUGAAUGGAGCUCAUGCAUCACAGUCUAUAGUGUCCACCUCCCACUGUACCCCUCCCCCACCUUACAACCCCGACCCCAGCCUCGUCAGCUUCUUAACCAGCCUGGGCUGCCAAAACUGUAUCGACUACUUCACGUCACAGGGACUCCAGAGUGUCUACCACCUUCAGACUCUUUCCAUGGAGGAUCUUGGGGCGCUGAAGAUCCCUGAGCAGUUCCGGCUGGCGAUCUGGAGGGGCCUGCAGGACAUGAAGCAGGGCCAGGAUUACGGCCAGCAGCUCAUCCGCUCCAGCAAUAACAUGACCAGCAUGGCCCUCGGCGUCGGAGGAGAGCUGCAGCGGCAGCGCGUCAUGGAGGCCGUGCACUUCAGAGUGCGGCACACCAUCACCAUCCCCAACCGCAGCGCCCCCACAGGAGCAGAGGAGUGGGCCGACUUCGGCUUCGACAUGCCUGACUGCAGGAUACACAAGCACUCCAUUAAAGAGGAGUUCGCAGAGAGCGACCUUCACUGAGAAGAACCAGAUGCAUUCGUAAACUGCCAUGGACAGUUUGUAUUUUCCAUAUAAUAGCACUUCCAUAUUUGAUGACAAAUUAUUUGAGGGUAAAAAAAAAAAAUCUUUUUGCAAACAAUUCCCUUUUAUUAAGACUAGGGUUCAAAUGAAUCCUCCUGUUUGAUUGUCAUUUGUGGCCUUAUGCUAAUAUUACAUCACAUAUUACCAAUUAUCCAUUAGCUAAAAUGAAUUCUAUAUUAUUAGGACAUAGUUAUGAACGGUUAAAUACAGUGUAUGAUUUCUAAACAUUGCCUUAUUUAUUUCGGCUUGGUGUAAAUAAUAAUUGUGCAAUCAUGUAUGAUAUUUAAUUAUUUCUAAAGUAAUGCCCAUAGAUCAAGUAGAUGCUUGACCCACAAAAUCCUCCUUUAUUUACUUAUUGUGAAAAACACACAGGUUUAUCAGAGUCACUUUGUUUUAAUAAGUCAUUACCAUACCUAUAAUUAGUUCAUCAAAGUUUAACAGUGACAUUGAUGAAGAAAACGCCAUAAAAGUUAUUCACUUUUUAUUAUUAUUAUUAUUAUUAUUUUUUAAACUGACUUUUUUUUUUAAGUGGUGCUUUACAUUGCAACCUUUUCUUUUCUUUUUCUUUUACGUAUGAUCUGUUAAGCGUUAUGUUGUUGACAGGGACACACUGGAUCAUCAUUGGUGUUGUCAAACUUUUAAAGUUCACCUCUUUUGUGGUAUUAACCUUGCAGGACAAGGUUGUAUUUAUCAUGCUGUACUGUCGUUUAGCACAUGAAUCACCGUCUUGUUAGGUUGUCUCUAAUUUUAUUAUGUUUUCAUCAAAGAGUCAAAUUAUUUAAGGUAUUAAGAUGAAUCUUACAAAAACAUCCAGGUGACAUUUCAUCCCAAAAUUGCUAAUAUAAUAUAAUAUAAUAUAAUAUAAUAUAAUAUAAUAUAAUAUAAUAUAAUAUAAUAUAAUAUAAUAUAAUGAAAUUAAAUAUAAAUAUAAAAAUAAAU